CACAUUGCGACUGGCGACUAGUAGCUAGCUGCUAUGGAACUGCAAGAACUUGUUCCAGUUAGGGUCCGGACUUUUCAUGAGAACUGGCCAGAACUAGAGGUGAGAGUAUACAGGAAUCAAGAAGGAAUAUCUACAAAGGAAGUCUAUGAGAAAGCUACUUUCAUGUUAAACUUGAAGCAAUCCAGCGUUGAACAUUUUUCCUUAUUUUUGUUUGGAAAAAAGUUGAACAAAAGACUGAGAAAUUGUGAUUAUCUCCCUUUAUCACAUGAUGGUUUAUUCUUAAGAAAAUGGUGUUUUAAUAAUAGAACUGAAAAGAUGUUGUUAAAGGAUGAGGUAGCCUGUCACUUGAUUUUCAGAGAGACAGAAUGGAAUAUUGAAAAUGGUUUCUUGAAACCAAGCAAAGAUCAGAUAGAUUUACUUGAAGAAUAUUCUGAUGAGAGAUUCAGAUGUGAAGAGAAAUAUGUGUUAUUGUGUCAUUCCAUAGCAGAUUAUUUUGAUGUUCAGCUAGAAGACUGUGUUGUUUUAGAGAAGGAGGGUGAAUGUAAGUGUCAUGUUAAAGUUAAUGUCUCUCAUCUGAAGAUUAAUACAUCAGAUGUUGAUGUGACAGUUUUACCAUGGUUCUGUGUUAAACAGUGGACAUAUGAAGCCCUCCCAAAAAAGAUAAUAUUUGUUUACGUCAAUGGUAAAUUAAUGGAUGAAACUAUAACUGUUAUCACAGACCAGGUGGAAUAUCUUGCAGAUGUCAUUAAUCAAUGUUUCAAAACAAUUCAGAAAGAAGACAAGGAUACACCUAGAUUCUAUUCUGAAAUGGUUUCUAGAACAGAAGAAGGCAAUACAUCAUAUCAGAAUCCAUUAUUUAAUCUGGAAAAGACUCAGCAACAUUAUGAAAGCCAGAAUAAGAAAACUGUAUAGCUAUUUCUUGUUUAAAUUUCUGAGUAACUAAUUUUAUCAUCAUUUUUUUCUCACCUCAACAAAGAUUCCAGCCUUUUUUAGCCCACUGGGCCCGAAGGGCCCCAUGUGAGCUUAUGCCAUCACUUGGCGUCCGUCGUCGUCUGUCGUCGGUGUAAACUAUUUCAAGAAUCUUCUCCUCUGAAACUACCGUGCCAAAUACCUUCAAACUUUAACUGAAUGUUCCUUAGGGUAUCUAGUUUAUAAAUUGUAUCCAAAGUUUUGAUCCACAAAAAUGGCCGCCUUGGCUAAAAAUAGAACAUAGGGUUCAAAUGCAGUUUUUGGCUUAUAUCUCAAAAACUAAAACAUUUAGAGCAAAUCUGACAUGGAGGUAAAAAUGUUCAAUAGGUCAAGAUCUAUCAGCCCUGAAAUUUUCAGACUAACCGAACAACCCAUUGUUGGGUUGCUGCCACUUAAUUGGUAAUUUUAAGGAAAUUUUGCAGUUUUUGGUUAUUAUUGAAGAUAAAGAUGAAAUAUAAACAGCAAAAAUGUUCAGCAAAGUAAGAUCUACAAAAAAGUUAAAUGACCAAAAUUGUCAAUUGACCCCUUAAGGAGUUAUUGCCCUUUAAAGACAAUUUUAAACAAUUUGUUCAUCAUGUUUGCUAAUAUUUAAAAAUCUUCUUCUCUGAAACUACUGUUCCCAAUACUUCCAAACUUUAACUGAAUGUUCCUUAGGGUAUCUAGUUUAUAAAUUGUAUCCGAUGUUUUGAUCUAUUAACAAACAUGGCCACCAUGGCUAAAAAUAGAACAUAGGGGACAAAAGCAGUUUUUGGCAUAUAUCAAAAACUACAGCAGUUACAGCAAAAGUGAAAGGGAGUUAAAGUGAUAAAGUGAUAAAUGGGUCAUGAUCUAUCUGUUAUGAAAUUUUCAGACAAGUUCGACAACCCAUUGUUGGGUUACUGUUGGAAAUAGUUUAUUUUUAUUAA